AUGGGUAAGGCCACCAGGUGGUUCCGUUCACUUUUAAGCUCCAAGAAGUCGCCGGAUUCCUCGCCGGCCAAGGAUAAGGGCAAGAAGAGCAAGUGGGCUUUCUCCAAUUCUGCUGAUAAGGUUAGUGGGAAGAUUGAGUUCCUUGUAGGGGAAAGUUCACUGACUCUUACAUACCUUGAAGAUCCCAAAUUUCUUGGAAGGGUAUUUUGGGCUAGGAGGGCAUUGAAGGCCCUUAAGGGACUGGUUAAGCUUCAAGCCCUGGUGAGAGGCCACAUUGUCAGAAAGCAAAGCGCCAAUAUGCUCCGUCGCAUGCAAGCAAUGGCUCGAAUCCAGGCUCGAGCCUCUGCACAUCGAUCUUACACGUCCGACUCCUCAAAUUCCAAAAUCAACUUCUCUAACUCUAGUCAUCCAGGUGUCACAAAUUUCAGAAAGUAUGAAGAGAGGUCAAAUAGUGCCAAACAUGUGGGAUCUCUUCUUAAGCAAAAUCAUCCAAGAUCAAGUAUUGUCAACAAGGAAAGUACACAGAUUGCUACCAGAUGGUUAAACCAUUGGAUGGAACAAUGCGCGUGGAGCAACCUUGAUACCUCCCUUGAAAGAGGACAUGGUGAUGAUGAGAGAACCGACAAGAUACUUGAAAUCGACACAUGGAAGCCUAACCAGAACACCAGCCGAAAUGACAGAAUGGUUCCCAGUUCCCAAUAUUUCUCAGCAUGGAAUGGCAUGGGACAGGAAUAUUCGAAAAUCAGCCCAGUGUCGAGACUUUCCUCAAAACUUCAAAAACCAAAUCCUAGUAUAUCUUCUGAGGAAGUUUUGUCUGUGAUAUCACCAAAGUUUCCUCCAGAGGGAGAUCAUGUUGCAGCAGGGACUGCCGAAAACAGCCCAAGAGUCCAUUCUGCUUCCUCUAGACCGACCAGCAACGUAAGAGGGCCGUUUACUCCUGCAAGGAGUGAGUGUUGUAGAAGCUUGUUUGGUGAUUAUCUUGGUCACCCAAAUUACAUGGCGAAUACAGAAUCGUCCCGGGCUAAAGUUAGAUCUCACAGUGCCCCUAAGCAGAGAAUGCAGUUUGAGGAGCUCGGGUUGAGCGCCAAACUUAGUCGCAGUUUCUGGGAAUCGGAUGCUAUUUCAGAAACGGGGUCUGCAACUAAUCCCCGGAGCAACAAGAAUGUAUGCGCUGGUCAUGUAAAGAGGCAAGGGACACCUAAACGAGAUGCAGCUGUCAGUUUCAGCUCUGUCCACGGCUAUAGGCUCUAGGGACGAAUUUGUCAUUAUCCAAAAUAUCAUAGUCAAUCGAGAAGCUUCACAUAUAUGAGUAGAUCAAGCCUCGGGAAGAAGACAUUGUUGCUGGAGCCAUUGUAAGAACUAACGACUUCAAUGAGCAUGGAGAAAUUUGUAGUUAGCUUUCUUGUUAGUGUGUUGUCCCGUUUGUUGUCAAUCAAUUGUGUGUCUAAAAUGCUUGACAAUAAAUUGAGUAGCUUUCCGUAGUUGUAUUUUCUGUCCAGUAUCAGAGAUAAUCUCAACCUUAAUAAUCAACUUUGUUCAUGCAACCUUUUUUAUCA